CAUUCGAUCCAUCAAAACCGUCGUCGUACUUGAUGUACUACGAUGUGAAUAAUCUGUAUGGAUGAGCGAUGUGUCAACCUUUACUAUACGCCGAACUUCGAUGAGUUGAAGACUGCGAACUUUGAUGUGAGCGCGAUCGCUCCAGAUUCAUCCGGUUAUACUCUCGAAGUCGAUCUCGAGUAUCCUCACCACGAUCUGCACGAUCGAUACACCUACCUUUCUGUCCAACGCGCGAUAAACCGCCAGGCAAGCGCGAAGAUAAACUUCUAGCGACAUUGUAUGAUAAAUAGCGUUACAUCAUCCACUGUCGCAACCUUCAGCAAUGUACUCGUCACGGUCUUCGCGUAACAAAGAUCCACCUGGUGCUACAAUUCGCUCAAUAUCCAUGGCUCCGCGAUUACAUACAUUGAACUUAAUACAUAAUUUAGAACGCGUGCAAAAAAAAUGAUUUUGAAAAAAAUUUGUAUAAACUAAUGAACAACGCGGUAUUCGGUAAGACCAUGGAAAAUAUGCGCAAUCAUGUUAAUGUAAAAUUAAUAACAAAAUGGGAUGAACGGUACGGCGCGGAGGCAAUGAUCGCGAAACCGAAUUUUCACAGCCGCAGUGUCUUUGCAGAAAAUUUGAUCGCCGUCGAAAUGUGCAAACUCGAGAUAAAGUUCGACAAGCCGAUUUACGUGGGUAUGUGCAUACUCGAUAUAUCGAAAGUCUGCUUGUAUGAAUUUCACUACGAGUAUAUGUUACCAUUGUUUCGCAACAAAUGCAAGAUCAUGUACACCGACAUGGACAGUCUCAUUUACUAUAUAGAAUGCGAGGACGUUUACGAGACUAUGAAACGCGAUAUCGCUAGAUUCGACACAAGUGAUUAUCCGGCAGACAACGUAUACAAUAUGCCUCUCGCGAACAAAAAAAUAUCCGGCUUGAUGAAGGACAAAAAUAAUGGUGCGAUAAUGAUCGAAUUGGACUGAGAGCGAAGAUGUACGAGAGAAUAGACGGCAAGAAGGACACUAAAAAGGUGAAAGAUGUAAAGAAUCACGUCAUAGCGUGAUAACGUUCGAUGAUUAUAUGCGAUGUUUGAACGAAGAGAUCAAAAUGACUCGCCGUCAAUCAUGUAUACGAUCUAAAUUACACGAGAUGUACACGAUAUUCGAAUCGAAAAUCGCUCUGAGUUCAUACGACGACAAACGAUACAUCAUACCGAACUCGACGGAGACAUUAGCA